GCGGGGACUGAGGCCGCCGAGCGGAAAAGGCGGAGUUGCAGUAACAUGAGGGAAAAUAAGAACAUGUCUGAGUCCCUCUUUCAAGCGGGAAAAGAAGUACCGGUCAAGAAACACAAGCUAAGCAGUGAUGAGAACAGUAACCCAGAUUUGUCAGGGGACGAGAACGAUGAUGCUGUCAGCGUUGAAAGUGGCACCAACGCAGAGCGCCCUGACACGCCCACCAACACCUCCAACGCCCCAGGCAGGAAGAGCUGGGGCAAGGGCAAAUGGAAGUCCAAAAAAUGCAGAUACUCUUUCAAAUGUGUCAACAGCCUACGAGAAGACCAUGGCCAACCUUUGUUUGGAGUGCAGUUCAAUUGGCACAGUAAGGAGGGAGACCCGCUGGUGUUUGCCACAGUUGGGAGCAACAGGAUGAAUGCAUUCGCCAGCAUAUUGAAUUUGGUUACGCUUUAUGAAUGUCACUCUCAAGGAGAAAUCAGACUCCUUCAGUCUUAUGUUGAUGCUGAUGCCGAUGAGAACUUCUACACAUGUGCGUGGACCUACGACACCAACACCAGUCACCCCCUGUUGGCUGUAGCCGGGUCGCGAGGAAUAAUUCGAAUUAUUAACCACAUCACGAUGCAGUGCAUCAAGCAUUAUGUAGGUCAUGGAAAUGCAAUUAAUGAGCUGAAGUUUCACCCUCGGGACCCAAAUCUUCUCUUGUCAGUCAGCAAAGAUCAUGCCCUUCGUCUUUGGAACAUACAGACGGACACAUUAGUGGCCAUAUUUGGUGGAGUGGAAGGUCACAGAGAUGAAGUCUUGAGUGCUGAUUUUGACCUCCUGGGUGAAAAAAUAAUGUCAUGUGGGAUGGACCACUCACUUAAACUUUGGCGAAUUAACUCUGAGAGAAUGCAAAAGGCCAUCCGCGGAUCGUAUGAAUACAACCCCUCAAAGACAAAUAGGCCUUUCGUGUCACAGAAAAUCCACUUUCCCGACUUUUCCACAAGAGACAUCCACAGAAAUUAUGUAGACUGUGUGCGGUGGCUAGGGGACCUCAUUCUUUCAAAGUCGUGUGAAAAUGCCAUUGUGUGCUGGAAACCAGGAAAAAUGGAGGAUGAUAUUGAUCACAUCAAACCAAAUGAAUCAAAUGUCACCAUCCUCGGACGUUUCGAUUACAGCCAGUGUGACAUCUGGUACAUGCGUUUCUCCAUGGACUUCUGGCAGAAGAUGUUGGCCUUAGGUAACCAGGUGGGAAAGCUCUAUGUUUGGGACCUCGAAGUGGAGGAUCCACACAAAGCCAAAUCUACCACGCUCACACUCCCCAAAUGCACAUCAGCCAUCCGUCAAACCAGCUUCAGCCGCGACAGCAGUAUUUUGAUUGCUGUGUGUGACGACGCCUCUAUCUGGCGCUGGGACCGGCAACGCUGAAUUGUUCCAAACCAUGUCAACUGUUUCUAAGUUUUUUCAAUGCAAUUUUGUUUUGUAUGAAGUAUAAACAUUUUACUACAUUCCUUUCAAAUGUUUUUAAGUGUCAGCUUUUCACAACUUGACAUGAUUGAAAAAAAUGUUCCCUGAAUCACCACGAUGAGUAAUUAGGAGAGAUUAAAUGUUAUUCAGGUAGAAACUUUUCGAGUAGUUGCCCUCUAAUAAUUACAUUGGAAAAUAUUUUCCUCUGUAGGGUGCUUGUAUUUGAGUAUACUGUAUGUGGACUUGAAUAAACUUAUUUUUAUACACAAUUUGGAAUAUUU